GUGUGUUAAUGUAAACAGGUGAUUCCGAUCAGAAGUCCAGUGACUGUUUAAGGUGAUAAGGAUCAUGUGAUGGGUCAUGUGAUGCAGUUUGUAGUUUGUUGUUGUGCAAGGGAAUAUGUGAAUUCAUGUUCUUCAUGGAGGAUUGGUCCAAAGUGUUGUUCAACAUUGAAUUAUAUAGCCUUUCAAUUUAUUAAGCUCUGAAUUUGUUAUUUUUUGGACAUUCUCAUGAAGGAUGUCAAAAUUCUGUAAUUGACUGUAUAUUGUCUGGCAUAUCUUUAUAAAGAAAAUGACUUGGCUAAAAAUCUUAAAAUAGAAGUUAAUGUCUUAAACUUACCACACAUUUUUUUUUUUUUACACAAUUCUGAUAGGAUAUAAAAACAUUUUAGCAAUUCUUGCAGCUUCUACGCUAAAACAAUUGACCAUAUAUGAUUCUGAUAUAACCAGAAACUGGUUGUAUUCUAAAAGACCUUUCUAACUUUGGUAGCCUGGAAAAAGCCCUGUUAAUCUAUGCACACUAGGAAAAUCUGGAGUGAAUCAGUUACAAUAAAACAGUUUCCCAGCCAAUGAGAAUAACAGUGGUUUCCUGAUAAGAACAGGUCAUGAAUAAGGCACUUCCUGGUUUUUGCAGCUGACACGCAUGUGACCUCACCCAAACAGUGCAGCUUUCCUUAAUAGAUAGCUGUUUCAUUUUAGAAAUUGAGAACUAAAGAGAAAUGGAGUCACUGCUUGUGUGACCUUAUAUAACACAUAUCCUUUUCUGGUUUGUAUAUCCUUUAACUGUGAAACAGAAUAUGCCACAAUGUCUGGAGAAGCUGAGGAGAAUUAUUACAGUGGAGCCGGUGAUUUUCUUUUACAUGACCAGCAACUUCAUCAUGCAGCCAGCUUAUCAAAACCUGGUCAUGGACAAGGUUUGCCAAGAACUAUACAAGGACACAUCCAUAUGCAGUGACUCCGGGCAGAGAGAGAAUGAGGAAAUCGAGUCACGGUCCUCCUACAUCCUGCUGCUCUACACAGCCAUGACCAGUUUGGUAUCUAUCCCCCCAGCCAUAAUGUUGGGCUCCUGGUCUGACCAUGCUGGCCGCAGGUCAGUGAUGAUCCUGCCUUUCAUACUCUCACUGCUGAGUGGUGGAGUGCUGAUGGCUAUGGUACUGGUGCAGAGCCUGAGCGUCUACUGGUGCCUGCUGGCAGCCGCCUUCAUUGGCCUAACUGGUGGCCAUGUUUCCAUCUUCCUCAGCUCUUUCAGCUUCCUAGCUGACAUUACAGUGGAAUCAAGCUCUAGCCGUACUCUGCGCAUGGCUAUAGCUGAGUCUAUGAUCUUUGUAGGGGGCAUGGUGGGCUUUCUCCUGGGUGGCUUCCUGGAACAGGAGGUUGGCUUGGCGGCAGCUUUUGGAGCCUACAUUGCCUGCCAUGUUUUAGCCAUACUCUAUAUCCUGCUGUGGCUACAAGACCCCAGGCCAAUCAACAGCCCUUUAAGUUUCCUUUCUACUGAAAAUGGAAGGCAGGAGUCUGGAGCAUUUAUUCUGAAGUAUGCCAGGCUAUCCUUUAGGGCAGUGUUCAAGAGAAGGCCAGGUCAGGAUAGACUGAAACUGCAUCUCCUCAUCCUGUGCACCUUCAUAAACAACCUGGUAGCUAUUGGGGAUAAUUCUGUCUUACUGCUCUAUUUGAUGUAUGAGCCCAGAGAGUUCACAACUGCAAUGUUUGGAGUGUUUAACUCUGCCAGAAUGUUCUUGUUGGGAGUUGGUCUCUUGGGCCUGUUCCCUUUGCUGAUGCAUUGCUUUAAGGAGAUGACACUGGCAAAACUCAGCAUUGUGUUUAGAGUUGCCUCUUAUGUUCUGCUGGCUUUUUCCACCAACACAUUGAUGAUCUGUUGGGUGGCUAUAAUAGGCAUGCCAGGUGGGAUCACACAAGCAGUGAUUCGAUCAUUGUCCUCUGCCAUUGUGGGACCUGAUGAACAAGGUGCCAUGUUUUCCUUCUCAGCUUCAGUGGAGGCCACUUGCAUCCUCAUAGCUGCCACCAUAUUCAAUGGCCUGUACCCUCUGACCCUGCCUACAUUCCCUGGCAUGCCCUUCAUCAUCAUGGCUACAUUUUCCAUCAUUGUCUUCAUCCUUAUGCAGUGGAUAAGUGAAAUGCCAACCACUCAGCCUCGUCUGAUGCUGCAAGACUGAGAAUCUCUCUCAUGGUCAUCCUAAAGACAGCUAUUUUAUGAUGCACUGAAGAUAAAUCGAAGCAAAUUUUACUCCCCACAGGGCUUAUAAUAAAACUAAAACCACAAGAGAAAUUGUCAUGUAAUGAAUUCAGUCAUGUAUAAUUAGCAUAUUCUGAAUGCCUCUAAAGAACAGGCACAUAAAAUAAGAGAACAUUCCUCCCUGGUUUAAAUGUUACUAAUGUAGAGAACCAUGUGGAGUACUCAGUAGAAGUCCUUUGGAGCAGUAUGAUUUGAUUGAGUGUAUAAAGAACGUAAGCCAUAAUAACGACCAUAAUGAAAUAAGAAUACUGAAAGGUCAAUGGCAUAUCGAGGAGAGGUAAUUGAAAAUUGCAGCUUUAAACUGUUCUCCCUGAUAAGCCAUUCCACAGCUAGAGCUCAGGGACCAUCCUCAAUAUUUUCUUUCACCUCUAGAGUGGAGGCCUGAAAUUGGUCUCCAAUUAGGGAGAUUGUAUUUAAUCAUGGGCCAAGCUAUGUUGA